AUGCCAGACCUAACUAAUACGGUUGAAGAUGGUGCGUCGCGCUUGAAAGCGGUAUUCUAUACUCAACCGCUUUUGAAUGUGCAAAACCGAGGCCAACCGUAUAAAUGGCAUACGGCUAAGCCCCCGCGCGGCCCGUUCAUAGUCGUAGUUCCAGCAUUAGUUCUGACAUCAGACGGCAAAAUUCAAGGGUGCACUCCUGCCUUUUGCGAGAUGGUAGGCUUGGCGGAGGAGGAAACUGUAGGCAGCAAUUUCUUGAACUUCGUACAUGAAGAUGAGAGGGAUUGCGUCCAGAGUGCACUUGGCGCGGCGAAAGAGACAUUUGUUGACCUGCGAAUUUCUCGCCACUUAGCCGACUGCGCAUGGUUGGAAGCGAAGCUAACAAGAUGCGGACGUGACGGCGAGCCGCCACAGUUCGUUUGUAUAUUUCACGACAUAUCGCGAUGGAGAACAGUCGAGCUCAACGACAUGUCUGAGAUUGUACAGAAGCUCACGGUGCUGAUGGUGUCUCCAGAAUUCCAGCCAGAUGGCUCGAGGACACUAGAGAAGCUCCAAAAGUUUUGCCAGCCUUUGUUCGCUGGAGAAACAGUCACGGGAGAAUGGUGGCACUACAAUGCUGAGGGGACCCUCUUUCCAGUUCUUGUGAAAAUUCAGAAUGUCGUUUCCAAUGGGAAGAAUUACAUGGUCUGUGUCUGGCAUGACCUGACUGAAAUCAAGAGACGCGAGGCUGAUUUAGAGAAAGCGAAAGAGGCUGCAGAGGCUGCGAAUCAAGCCAAGAGCCAGUUUCUUGCUAACAUCAGCCACGAAAUCAGGACACCUAUGAAUGGCGUGAUUGGCGUUACUGAACUGCUCCUAAGGACCGAAUUGACAGAGGAGCAACGAUCAUACCUGGAGGUGGUGCGCUCAUCAGGAGAGACUCUUUUAAAUAUCAUCUCUGAUGUGCUUGAUAUCAGCAAGAUUGAGGCUCGAUCCAUAGCGUUGGAAUCCAUACCCUGCAGCCUCAGAGAAGCCAUUGAGGACUCACUGUCCUCAGUUCGGGUGUUAGCACUGCAGAAGGACCUAGAGCUCAACGCUUUUGUUGAGGAUGCCCUUCCUUCGAAGGUCAUUGGAGACCCUACGAGGAUUCGCCAAAUUUUGCUCAACCUGCUUUCCAAUGCAAUCAAAUUCACCGAGAGUGGUAAAAUUGAACUACGAGCCUUUAUCAAGGACUCCAAGAACUCGCUGGCAGUCCAUCCCCGGCUAUCACCAUGCACUUCACCAUGGGCGGAGGGUAAGGAGCCUGGAAAGCGGAUCAGGUUACUGGGUGAUGCUAAGGAUUCCACACAGAGCAGUGACUCAACGAACACUCUCAUUCAGUUUGAGGUGUCUGACACUGGAAUUGGAAUAUCUGAGGACAUGAUUCCGAAGCUUUUUCAACCAUUCACACAGGCAGAUGAGUCAACCUCAAGGAAGUACGGAGGCACAGGGCUGGGACUAGCCAUCUGCCAGUCCCUUGUGGCCCUCAUGGGGGGUAAAAUAUCAAUUUCAUCCACACUUAAUCAAGGCUCGACGUUCUGCUUCACUUUGCCAUUUCGAGUACCAGAGACAGCUUCAGGCAAACCACCAGGGACUUCUCCUCGGGUGUCCGCCUUAGGGAGGGACAAUCCUGUCCCUGGACUGCCAGCAGCAUCAGUGCACCUACCUCCCCUGCAUGUCUCAUUACCCCAUUCAACCUCCCUUGAGUCCUCUUCGCCAUCGAUAGAGCUGCGCUCGUUUGCAGGGCUGAGGUGUCUGGUGGUGGAGGACAAUCCGGUGAACCGAUUGGUGGUGGUGAGGCUGCUGGGCACCUUGCAGGUCACCUGUGAUGUGGCAGAGGAUGGGGUGAAGGCCUUGGCAGCAUGCCAAGCCAAGGAGUAUGACGUCAUCUUCAUGGAUGUUCACAUGCCAAAGAUGGAUGGAUUUGAGGCUACUCAGCGAAUCCGUCAGCUCAAGCAUGAUUCGCACCCGGCGCUUUUAGGUGUAGCCUGCGUCGCCCUAAUUUCUGCGCACGGCGAGCUGACGGAUUGCAGUUCGGCGUUUUCUGAAGCUCUUGGUUACGACCAGGCCGAAAUCAUCCACCGUCCGUUCGAAGAGAUUAUAGAUUCCAACCACAGAAGCCGUUUUCAGAGUGCACUGAAGAAGAAUCUCCAAAAAUCAGCGUUCGAGCUCCGCCUGAGAUGUCACAAUGGCGGCACUGCAUGGUUCGAUGUCGCCAUGACACCGGUCCUCGCAGAUUCCGCUAAUGGAUCAGUCUCGUCAUAUUGUUGCGUGUUCCAUAACAUAUCCGCCCGAAAAACUGCGGAGGAGCGGUUAUUGGAAGGGCUCGGAAUGUGCUUUAAGCUCUGUGGAGCAUCGUUAGGAGAAUUUGACCCUCCCUCUUUGUUUGAAGACCCAGAGACCUUUCUCCACCGGCUGAAGCUGGUUGAAGAGACUCUUAAGACAGGACAUGAGAAUGAGAAGUUUAGACGAAUAUUCGAAAUGUCCAUGGACCCGGUUUUCAUCGUUUCUGAUGACAUGGUCAUUCAGGAUUGCAACGAAGCAGCCGUCAAGAUCCUGAAAUUCAAGGAUAAAUCCGAGAUAGCGGGCAAGGUGAACGUUGCCAGCCUGACGCCUGAGUUCCAGCCAGACGGGACGAGAUCUGCUGACAAGUUGGCUCAGUUCAGCCGCCCGGUGUUCUCAGGAGAAGGCUCGGCCAUUGGCGAGUGGUGGCACUAUGCAUCAGAUAAAACCCUCAUUCCCGUCCUGGUGAAAGUUCAGUGCGUGCAAGCCAACGGGCGCAGCCACUUUGUGACAGUGUGGCACGACCUGACUGACAUAAAGCAGCAUGAGCAGGCGCUGCUCAAGGCGCGGGAGAACGCGGAGCGCGCCAACGCAUCCAAGAGCGAGUUCCUGGCCAAGAUCAGCCACGAGAUCCGCACCCCCAUGAACGGCGUCAUCGGCGUGGCGGACCUUCUGCUACAAACCCCUCUGAGCGACGAGCAGCGGUCGCUCCUCCAGGUGAUCCGCACGUCUGGGGACUCUCUGCUGAGGAUUAUCUCCGAUGUGUUGGAUAUCAGCAAGAUGGAGGCGCACUCGCUGCAGCUGGAGGCCGUGCCGUUUGACCUGCGGGCUGCAGUGGCUGAAGCGGAAUCCACCGUGCAUGUCCUCGUGCUGCAAAAGGGCAUCCAGCUCCUCGUUGACGUGGAUCCAGCAGUGCCGUCACUUGUGAUUGGGGACCCCAGCAGGCUGCGUCAGGUAUUGCUGAACCUCCUCUCCAACGCCAUCAAGUUCACUUCCAGGGGCCAUGUGAAAGUGCGUGUAAGCCUGUCAACAGCAGCUGAGAUUCUUCCAGCGUCAGCACAGCCAGAUGCAGUGACAACAGACCCACAAGCCGUGUCAGCUCAACAAGGAGCAGCGCCAUCAGAGCCUGAAACUGCAUCAGCGAAGCCUCAUGCAUCAUCACCAAAACCGAAAGCAUCUCCGACAAAACCCAGCCGAAAGAGAGUGAGAUGGGAAACGGAGGAUGAGAGGACUCGAGUCGAGGAUAAUGAGAAGAGGGCGAGGUUUGAGGAGGGGGAAAAGGGCGGCGAGAGGGCCAAUUACGAAGCUGGAAAGGAGAGUGACUCCUUGCAUAGGCAGGCGCUGGGAAGACAAGGUACAGCUAAGAUGGCAGGAAUGGGCACUGCUAGAGCUGGAAACGGGUUCCAAGAACGUGGCAAUCUGGCAGAUGAGAGAGAGAGAAUCGGCCAGGCGCGAGUACCAAGUGAAGGAGCUUGCUGCGACCAUGUGCCGUGUGGGCCGUCAGCUGAUGCAGAUGCUUCACCGGAGGAGCAGUCAGGCCCAUCAGAAACAGAGGCUGUCGAGCAACCAGGCCCAUCAGAAGCAGCAGAUGUGUCACGGGAGCUAUUAGACCCAGCAGCAGCAGCAGCAGCAGCAGCAGUUUUUUCGCCAGAGGAACAAUCACACCCACCAGUACCAACAGAUGUGAACGUUGCUGCUGAAGGCACAGCAGUGAAUAAGGCACAAUGCGAAGACAAAACCAUAGCAUCCAGCCCCGAGAACCAAUCUUCUUCUGCCUGCCCGUGUGAGAAUGAAACUCUUGAGAACAGGCCUCUAUCCCUGGAGAAGCCAGAGAAGCCGCGGGCAGUGAUGAUGCACUUUGAGGUGACGGACACUGGAAUAGGCAUUCCACAGCAGAUGCUGCCAAAGCUGUUCCAGCCUUUCACACAGGCGGACAAGUCCACGUCUAGGAGGUAUGGAGGCACGGGGCUGGGUCUGGCCAUCUGCAGGUCGCUUGUGGCGCUCAUGGGAGGCACCAUCUCCGCCUCCUCCCGCCCAGGCCACGGCUCCUGCUUCUCCUUCGCCCUGCCCUUCACUCUCCCCACUGAGACCUCCCUGGAGACGCCUGCCAGUGCUCACGUACCUGAAGCGACACGCACUCGUGAUUCUGCUAAGUGCACUGAGGCAGGCUGUGCUGGACCUGCAGUGGGGACUGGUGGGAUGGGUGGGAUGGGUGGGAUGGGUGUGAUGGGUGUGAUGGGUGUGAUGGGUGUGAUGGGUGGGGCGCCAGGAAUGGCUGUGGCCGAAGGCAAACAACAGAUGCCUGUUUUGAUUUCACCCAGGGUUGCUCCCAGAAGCCCACAUGCGCCAGCGCCAUUGACAGCACCCUUGGCAGCACCAUCCGGAGCACAGUCACCAGCACCAUCAGCAGCACCAUCAGCAAUAUCAUUGGCAGCACUACCUCGGUCACCCUCCCUGGAGUCCUUUUCUCUAGUAGCAGCAGCAGCGAUGCGCUCGUUUGCAGGGGUGAGGUGUCUGGUGGUGGAGGACAAUCCGGUGAACCGAUUGGUGGUGGUGAGGCUGCUGGGCAUCCUGCAGGUCACCUGUGACGUGGCAGAGGAUGGGGUUAAGGCCGUGGCAGCAUGCCAAGCCAAGGAGUAUGACGUCAUCUUCAUGGAUGUGCACAUGCCCGAAAUGGAUGGGUUUGAGGCGACUAGGAGGAUUCGCGAGAUUUCUGAAAUGAACAGCGGCGGUUCAUCACUACCUGGGAGACACUCAGAGCAUGGAGCAGUUGGUAGCAGCUACGACAAAUACUUCUUCAACCAUUCCAGGAUGUUAAGCAGACCGCUUGUCGUUGCGCUGACGGCAAGUGCGCUUAAACAUGAACGUGAUAAGUGCGCAAGUACAGGAAUGGACGCUUUUCUCACAAAGCCACUGAAUCCGCAUGCGAUCCUGUCCCGAUGCAGAUGCGACGUGGUCGUAUCUUGUAACGGAGAAGCCUCUAUCGUAUCCACCGGGCUAAUCCGUCCCUUCGCGUCACACAUCAAGGCCGUAGACGACCAAUUCAAAAGCGGCGCGCACCUGAUUAAGCUCGAUCCGCGCGAAUGCCGCGAUUUUCUAGAUCGCCAGCGGCUAAAAAACCCGCUAGCAGCAGCAGCAGCAGCGGGGGAGGAUCAAGCCGAGGAGGACACGCUUCUCGGAUGGUUCACCCUGAAAACCGUCGAGAGGAUUAUAACAUUCGUGAAGUCGCCAGGGCUGCUGGAGCACGCGGUCACGAUCGAGGCGGAGCUGCAGAGCCUAGACGACACCAUCCAUACCCCCGCCGCUGCCUCUGAGCCCUUUCAGGCGGAUCAGCAACUAGACGGCAGCGACGGCAGAUCGGAGGGGGGCCUGAGAGGGGCGACGCCGCUGAGAGACCGGCUCUCGGGGCGACGUGCGUCGUCUCGCUCGCCGUCUCCUGCCCGAAGCCUUAGCGGAUUCAAGACAGAUGCGUCCAGCGAUAGCAGCGAGCGAGAGAGUAACCUGCGCCGCGCCAAGGACGUGCGCGCGGCCAUGCUCAAGCGCGAGCAGGGCGUGGCGAUCGCGCGCGCAGCGGCUGCUGGAUUUUCCCCCGACGUGCUGCCGCUGCUGCUCUGCUUCGCGGAUUGCUUCGGAGCCGUCCGAUUGAAGCACGCGUGCGUGAAGUUUUCCUCCCUCGUCCGCCGCCAAGACUCCGCCUACGCGGAAAGCCUCACGCGCGCGCAACUCGCGCAGUCCGCCGCGCUGGCCGGCGGCGGCGCAAGCGCGGGCGCGGGCAGGGGCGCGGGCGCUGCGCCGCUGCAGCUGUCGUCGCCGCAGCAGCAGCAGCAGCAGCAGCAGGCGUUUGGGCUGGCGGCAGGGCGAGGCGGCGGAAUCUGGUUACCCGACGGCCACGUCGCCGGUAACACGGUUACAGGGACUCCCGGCGGCUAUUACCCCUUCGUUCCUCUGUAUAACGGGGCUAUGCCCGGUGGUAUCCCCGGCUCCAUGGGCCCAGGGAUAUCUCCCCCUGCGGGGACCCCUAUAACUUAUGGCCUCGUCGGUCCUAACGGCGAGAUAUACGCCGUCGCCAGCGGCAGCGGCGGAAUGGCCGGCGGGGUAGGCGGCGCAAUGGGUGGCGUCGGCGGCGCAAUGGGUAUCGGGGGCGCGGGUGCGGGUGGUUGGGGAAGUGCCCCUGGUUUUGUGGGGAGCGGGAGUGGCUAUGGAAGGCCGUCGCAAAUCUCGCCUAUCAUCCGCUCUCAGUCCGCGUAUCAAGUGAGAGCGGGGAGCGGGGGAAGGGGCGCGGGGGCAGGCGGAAUAACAGGUGGAGGAGCAGGAGGAUUUGCGGUGGGAGGCGCAGAGGGAAGGGCGGAGGGUGGGGCGGAAGGAGGAGCAGGGGGAGCAGGUGGCACAGGUGGCAUGGGGGGGGCAGUUGAUAUUCUUAUGGUGACCGCAGAUACUCCCAAAAAGGAUUCCCCGUGGACGAGCGCGGAUGAGGGCAGGGACUAUCUGGGGGAGGUGGAGCUCAGGGGAGGUGGGCAGAGCAGUCCACGUGGCAAAGAAAAUGACCGUAGGUUGGUGCCUGGGGAACUCGAGAUGGAGGUCAUGGGAGGGUGGGCGGGGUUGGAAGACGAGGGGGAGGAAGACGUGAUGAAGGGGGAGGCGUUCCGCAACUCUCUGGAGGCUGGCGCGGGGACGGGCGGAAGGGGAGGCGGGGGGGCGGCUGGAGGGAGAGGUGCGGGGAGAGGAGGUGGGGGAGUGACGGACGCGAGGAGGGCAGUGGGGGGAAGAGGUAGCGGUAAUGUGGCGCCUGGGAUGCGCGCAGGGGGGAUGGGCCCCGAUCUCUACCGCACAGGCAAGCUCGGGCAGCAAAACGGGCAGCAGCGAAUUUCCGUCUCCCAGAACGUUCCUGGCAGCCGCUUGCAGGGAGCAGCUGCUGCAGGGAUAAGGGGCGGGUUAGCUGCUCGGAGGACAGGCAGCGGGGGAGGUGGAAGUGAGAGGGACGUUGAAGGGCUUGUGAGAGGAGGGCGGGUGGUUCGAUCCCAGAGCGCCCACGUGGUGGUGAGGGAGAGCGCAGGGGAGAAGGAGCAGGAGCAAGGGCAGGCGUCCAACAAUGGGCGAGGUGCAUCUGCCGCUCGAUGUGGAGGGGAAGGAGCGUCUGCUGCUCGGGGCCGCGUUGCUGCUGAGAGUGGAGGAGGGAAGGAGCCAGCAGGAGCAGGAAAUGCAGCGGUAGCAGGAGCAGCAGGGAAAGGAGCAGGAGCAGGAGCAGGAGCAGGAGCAGGAGCAGGAGCAUCAGGGGAAAGGCCAGGGAAGAUUGUGGAGAAUGACUAUCCGGUCUUGCUGAGGAACAAGUCUCCUGUUCGAGGAGGUAGGGAAGCUAGUGCGGGGAGUGGUAAGGGGAGCGAUGGGCUGAGUCAGGAGUCUUUGCUUGUGACUUCCCUUGAGUGCUGGAAUUUCAGUGACUAUGGAAAGGCGGCUGCAGGAGCAGCGGCGGGGAAGGCGGAAAGAGGGGGGGCGACAAAGGGAGAAGUGAAUUCAGAUGCUGAUUUCAGCUGGACGCAGGGUGGGGGAAGCAGAGAUGACGGAUUGGGUGUGCAGCAGCAGCAGGAGUGGCAGCAGCAGCAGCAGCAGCAGCAGCAACAGGAGGAGCAGCAGCAGCAGCAGCAGCUGCAGCAGCAGGAGCAGGAGAAUGAACAGGUGGCUAGUGAAAAGAAGAUGGUCCAGAGAAGGAUGUGGAUGUCGGAUAUCAAGUCGAUGAACGCUGCUAACUCUUUGAACGCAACUGAUGUCCCUAAACUGUCUAUGAACGCUGGAGCAGAAGAGCCUGUUCUGCUGCCUGCUGGGAACACCCUCAUGCUGGCGAUGCGCGCUGGAGGCAAGGGUGCAAGGAACGGAGCAGAGACAGCAAAGACAGGAGGGGAGCAGAACCAGGAGGAGUAUUGGAAGGGGGGGGAGAGGAGCCGAGUUGGGAAGGAGAAUAAGCUGAUGCAGCAUUCUCCGUUGACCCAGUCGAGUUCCGCGUCAGGAGUUCCUAACUAUGCGUCAGGAGGAGACACACAGCUGGAGCUGGAUUUCAGGUCCGGUUCGUUUGGAGACAAUGACCUUGGAGGAUGGGGGAUGAAGUUUGCCCAAUCUGCUUCGAUCAAAGCAGCCCCCGGGGGUAGUAGCCCGGGAGUUGUUUGGAAUAAGAGUGUAUUGGGUGAGAAUAACGGCUAUCCGGGGAUUGACGGACCGUUUGGAGUUUUGGAGGAGGUGCCUGUUGAGACAAGGAGGGCGGCUACUGAUGAGCAAGUGCAACUAAAGGAUACAAGGAAGAAGCAGGAGAAGGAGUAUAUUGAAAUGCUGAGAGCCCGCGAUGCAGCAUGGAAGGCGGCAGCUGUGGAGGACUCGCCUGUUGAAAAGAAGAGAGGGUCUAGCCUGAUGAAGAUGAAGCUGACGCCCAACACCAAGGCGGAGGAGGCGCGCGAGCGGAAGGCGGCGGUGGCGGACGAAAAGAAGCGCGCGGCGGAGAAGGCCAAGGAGGACGCGCGAUGGGCGGACGACGCCCCGAAAGGCCGGGCUGCGAAGAAAAAGGAGGAGGACGAGCAGAAGCGCGCGGAAGCCGCCGCGAAACGCGCUGAGAAGAAGCGGCUCGAGGAGAUCGAGGCGGGAGAGAUGGCGAAGAUAUCGGGGAAGGGUGUCUCCCGCGGUGGCGGAGGAGGCGGAAGCUCCGCGAGCGCGGGCGCCGGGGCUCGGCGCGCAGGCGCGGGGAGCAGCGGCGGAGGCGGGGCGAAAGUGACCCAGGCGGAGCUUGCGCGGAUCAAGGAGCGCGAGCAGAAGGAGCUGGAGGGCGCGGAGGCGGAGAGGCGGAAGAAGGCCGCGCGGGUGGCGGAAGAGGCGGAGUAUGCGCGCAUGCUAGAGGUGGAGAACACGAACCGCAUGGCUGUGGCGGUAGAUGCGCGGAACGUGGGGGAGGCGCUGAGCCAGCUGAGCGUGGCUGCGGGGGAGGAGGGGAGCGCCAGUGUGGAUAAGCACCCGGAGAAGAGAAUGAAGGCCGCGUUUAAGGCAUUUGAGGAGGCGGAGCUUCCUCGCAUGAAGCAGGAGCGGCCUGGCUUGACCCUCACUCAGUACAAGGAGCAGAUUUGGAAGGCGUGGAAGAAGUCGCCACAAAACCCCAUGAAUCAACACAUGGCGCUCCAAUCCGUUCCUUUCACCGCCAAAAAAGUGGCAGCUUCAGACAUGGGAUUUCUAGCCUCCCAUUCUCGCUCUUGGGGCACCGAUAGUAGCAGCGGGGGUACUGCAGGUGUUCAGUCCAAUAGUUGCCGCAGUGCAACGAGCGCGGCCCGUGCUGAUCCUUCAAUCAUCUGCAUAGCGCAGCAGCAGAAUGUUUCGUCGCAAGCUCGCGCCGCACUUCCACAUCGCACCUCCACCGGUCCAUCCCCGCGGGAACGCGGUUCAAAACUCCACGGGAAAACGACAAAAACAGUUAGCGUAUCAGUGUCGAUGCGCCUUCACCAGGUAGCACCGGGCGAGACCCUCUUCUCCAUCGCCGCCAGUUACCACCUCCCCUUGGACGCGCUCCUCGCGGUAAACGACAAGCCGUCGCCCGCGGUGCGAGUGGGGGAGGUGAUAUUCCUGCCGGCCGCGGCGAAAGUCGGCGACGUGACGAGCUUCGCGACGGGUCCAAGAGUUACCACGAAUGGCGAUGACUUGGCAGUGUGGAGUGGGGCGGAGGGAGGAGGCGGUAACGUACCUAGUGUCUGCUCGAAUGAGAGAGGGCGGGUGCGCGUUGGCUUGGAGGAAACGCCGCUCGGUGUAAAGGACUCCGAAAUAAAGGUGUCGCAGGACUUUGCCCUGAAAAUUAGAGAAAAACCUGGGGGAAAUUACCCUGGAAAAUACGCGGCUGGUCCGAAUGUCGGGCAGCAGAGGAACGAAUCUGGAGCGCGGGAGGGCGGGAAGACGAGAGGCGGAGGGGGAAGGGAGGGGGGGCUGUUGGGGGGGCGGAAGGAAAGCAGGGAGAGCGGUGGCAGAAGCAGCAAAGAGAGGAUGAGAAGCAAUAGCCUUGAGAAGGGAGAGGAGGCGAGAAGAGGAGGAGCAGUUGCUGGUGCGGGCUUGAGGCGAUUAGAGGUGUGCGAAGAGAGGGAGGUGGUUUCGGCUUUUGCUAGCGUGGGUGCUCCCAAGCUCAAGACAGUCGAGAAUCAGGAGCAUCUGGAGAGUCAGGAGGAUAGGCGUGUGCUGGUUCAAGGCAACGGGCGGCUGUGGGUGGGGGAGAAAGCAGGGAACAGUGAGAUGGCGCAGAGCAGAAAGGAAGUGGUUAGUAGUGCAGAGGCGCGCAGAGAGCAAGGGGGGAGUCAAGAGGAGGGGAGCAGAGCGGAGGGGAGUAUAGUAGAGGAGAAGAGUGAGGAGGGGAGCAGGGGGGAAGAAAGGAGCAGAGAGGGAGGCGGGGGCAGAGAAGAGGGAAUCAAAGAGGAUGAGGGGAUUAGAGGGGAGGAGGGGAUUAGAGGGGAGGAGGAGAACAAGGAGGAGGGGAUUAGAGAGGAGGGGAGUAUGGGAGAAGAGAAGGGUAGGGUGGUGGUAUGUGAGGAGGGGUUACCAUUGGAGGAAGUGCGGAACUGGAGUGUGGAGGAGGCAAUUGCAGCCAAUGCAGAGGUUGCAAGGAAGAUGGGGCUGCAGCAGGCGUGA